GUGUGUGUGUGUGUACGGUCGAGUGUGCCUGUGUGUGGUUGUUUCCAUUUUUUUGUUAAUCCACAUUGGACCGUUACAUUUAAUUAUAAUCCGGCUUCAGAGAGAACUUCGAGAAGUAAAGGGCGAAAAUUCGUUAUGACAUCUGUCGCCAGGAAAGGGGCAAACCCAUUGCCGCAUUCAAACGGUUGCCGGAAAGAAAGCAGGCUAAUGGCCCCAAUAAUGCCGUGAAACGGAAGGUGGCAAAUACUAUUAAUAAUAGCCGGAGAGAGAGAAAAAGAGCGAGAGCGAGAGCGCGCAAUGGGAAUCCGGGGGCCAGCAAACGAUCGACUCCUACUCAGAUACGUCAUGACGGAUCAAACAGCUAUCGUUUGAUGCAGCUGGGAUGCCUGGAGUCUGUGGCCAACUCCACCGUCGCCUACUCCUCCACGUCGCCCCUCACUUACUCCACCACCGGCACUGAGUUCGCCUCCCCCUACUUCUCCACCAACCACCAGUACACCCCCCUGCACCACCAGUCCUUCCACUACGAGUUCCAACACAGCCACCCGGCCGUCAACCCCGACGCCUACUCCUUGAACUCGCUCCACCACUCGCAGCAGUACUACCAGCAGAUCCACCAUGGAGAACCCACCGACUUUAUCAACCUGCACAACGCCCGGGCGCUCAAGUCGUCCUGCUUGGACGAGCAGAGGAGGGAGCUGGGCUGCCUAGACGCCUACCGUCGCCACGACCUGUCUCUUAUGAGCCAUGGCUCCCAAUAUGGGAUGCACCCCGAUCAAAGACUCCUGCCAGGACCAAGCCUUGGGCUGGCCGCCUCGGGAGCGGACGACCUGCAGGGCUCAGUGGAGACCCAGUGUGGGCUAGUGUUGAACGGCCAAGGUGGGGUGAUAAGGAGAGGUGGCACGUGUGUAGUCAAUCCCACAGACCUCUUUUGCUCGGUUCCUGGCCGUUUAUCUUUACUCAGCUCCACUUCCAAAUACAAAGUGACCAUCGCAGAAGUGAAGAGACGCUUGUCCCCACCAGAAUGCCUCAAUGCCUCUCUGUUAGGAGGGAUUUUGAGAAGAGCAAAAUCCAAGAAUGGAGGACGCUGCUUAAGAGAAAAAUUGGACAGACUGGGGCUCAAUCUGCCUGCAGGGAGGAGGAAAGCAGCAAAUGUCACCCUCCUAACAUCCUUAGUAGAAGGAGAAGCUUUACAUUUGGCCAGGGAUUUUGGCUACACUUGUGAAACUGAAUUCCCAGCUAAGGCGGUUGGGGAGCAUCUUGCCAGACAGCACAUGGAACAGAAGGAACAGACUGCAAGGAAAAAGAUGAUCCUAGCAACAAAGCAAAUAUGUAAAGAAUUUCAGGACCUGCUGAGCCAAGAUAGAUCACCCUUGGGAUCCUCAAGACCCACUCCAAUAUUGGACCUUGACAUCCAGAGACAUUUAACACAUUUCAGCUUGAUCACUCAUGGCUUUGGGACGCCUGCGAUAUGUGCUGCCCUCAGCACUUUCCAAACUGUUCUCAGUGAAAUGCUGAACUACUUGGAAAAACACACGGCACACAAAAAUGGCGGAGCAGCAGAAUCCGGCCAAGGACACGCCAACUCGGAGAAGGCCCCCCUGCGGAAAACUUCAGAGGCUGCUGUGAAAGAGGGCAAAACAGAAAAGACAGACUAGCUACAUCAAACAGAAUCUAUUUCCAGAGAACCUUGCUGCUGAUAUUUUUUUUAAAACAUAUAUCUAUCUCUAUAUAUAUAGAUCUACAUAUAUAUCUAUAUCUAUAUAUCUCAUCAAAAGUGAUUUGGCUCCAGUGGACCAAACUGAAUUUGGGGAGGGGGUGGUUUUUUAAAACCCACCACCCCUGCUCUCCCCAAGGACAGCUAUGUACAGUAACUGUGGGAUGAAAGUGUCACUUUUUUAAAAGCCUUUCUCUCCCUCUCUCUCUCUCAAUGAUGUUUUGUGUGUGCACGCACGCACGCACGUACAUUUGAUCAUUCCAAAUGAUACACUGACACUUCCCCCCCCCCAGACUUGGAAGAAGCAGCACAAUUCUAACCUAUCACAGGCUAAGACUGAAACACUUUUCUGAUUGGACAGCCUAGUCGGAGACUAAAAGAAUAUGGCAUCCUGGUGAGCUUGUGUCACACCAUCACCCAUUCAAUGGAUGAAACAGAGAAGAGCGCCUCUUUUCACUUGCCCCCACGAGAGACAAUAUGGAAGCAUGUCUUGCAUAGGAGGUGGAAGAACUUGAAGAUAUUUCAAAUAACAAGCACUGCGUUGUUUGGACUGAAUACUGAGGCCUGGGAGCUUCUGAUAGAUCCACACCAGAAUGAUGUCAAAGCCCAUCAAUGAUUUGUCAUUCCAGCCUGGGUGCCUUCUCUUGGGAGGGUGUGGCCACUGAGUCCAUACCCUUCUUACUGCUAGCUAGGAGAAGUUCAACAAAUAAGAGCUGGAGCUUCUGACCAUCUUUCCCACCUGCCCUUAAUCUUAGCAGCUGAGUUCUGUGCCUGCAGGAAAUCAUAAACAGCUGUAUGCUCUGCUGGAUCAGAAUAUGGGACUGGAGAGAUCUAGUGUGUUGCUGUGAUGUCACAAUGUUUCUCUCCCCCCCCCUUCAACGGCUUGUACGAUCAUGCUUCAGCCACACUGUUCAGCUCUUCUUGCGGGGGGUGGGGGGGUAGGAUUGCUCCUGCCAGCUCUUCCCCAAUGUGCUUCUGAUGCAAUGUCUGAAAGAUCCUGUGUGUAAGCUCUGACUACACAAUCAGGAAAGGUCCCUGAUCACACAGACAGAGCCAACAGUUUGCACAUGUGUAGGGCAUCAUUUGUACAGACACCAUGCUGAAUGUGCAUAAGGAGUGAGGGCCAGAAGGCAUGAGCAUGGAAGAUGCUGUUCCCCCUUUCCCUGCUUAUUCAGAAAAUGUCUUAAUAGUGCCAAAUGCCUCCCCCCCCCAGAACACACAUUCCUAAACUCAAAAUUUGUUACAGACCAGCACAUUAUCCAAUUCAAUAAUCUGAUUUAGAAGUAGCCAUUUGUAGCAGCCAUGCCCAAGACAGCCAGAGAGUUAUAAUUUUCUAGCUGUUUCAUGAUUCUGACACUUAAUGCCUCAGCUUUUGCCAGGCUCAUUCUGUUUCUGUUAGGUUCAUUAAAGGAGUGAGAAAAGCCUUCUAGCUGUGGCUUAUAAUAAAGUUGGACUUAAAAUUUUCUUUCCCAGACAUCUGCCCAAAGUCUGCUUUGCUAUUCUGGGCUCAGGUUCAUUCAGCUAGACCCUGCACUUAACAUAUGCGCAUGUUGGGCCUGGAACACCAAAUCUGCCACACAGAGAGAGACACACACACACUUUGCUCACUGCAAAGACUAGAGCACAACCUUAUUGUUCUCAAUUGUCUUUCUUCCUCUUCUUAAAAUAGUAUGAUGUUCUGACAUUCCAAAUACUCACAAAACCUACCCAGAUCUAGAGUAAAAUAAACUUUUCACUAAAGCAUCAUGAAAUAUGUCCAGGAUCAAAAUGUAAUAGGAUUUCUAACUUUGCUACUAGUCCUUCCAGCUAUGCCUUACACAGUGGUUAGAUAUGCAGGAAUUAGCAGGUCACACUUUAGCUAACUGCUGCAGAUCUGCCCUAAUCUCAAUUGCCCAACCCAGCUGAAAUGUUGACAAGUUUAGAUUUAUAAAAUAAAUCCCUGACGUGUUGUGCAUCGCACACUUAAUUCCUGCCAAUAUAGAGGAAUCCCACAGAGCUGGUUCUGAUUAUACUUCCACACAUGGGCGUAGCCAAGAGGGGGCGGGGGACAGCUGCCCCCCCCAUCAAGUAAAACAACAGAAAUACAUAACUAACUGACUAAUCACUGUCGGUUCUGCCUCACUAACAAAAAUCUUGGCUAUGCCUCUGCUUCCACACACAUCCAAUUUGCAUACACACACUCAUGUGAGUGGCCUGCUUGUUUAAACACUCGAGCAUUGGAUUCACAUGAGAACAUGGCUCCUCUUCCGUGCAUUGGAAAAUGCAAGUCAUUUUUCAAUACAUGGGGAAGGGUUGAUCUCAUAUGAGUCCAUGACCCUGAUAUAAUACUGCUUACCAAAGUAGACUGCAUGGUGGGGUUUUGUGAGGUGUCAAAAGUCAGCUGCGCUCUCGCUCUCCCUUACUCACUCUCUCACACACAUACACAGAAUUGACAAACCUCUUGGUAUCAAGAAGUUUUACCUAAGGUCUCCUCUUGUGUAACUUAAUCACAUUUAACCCUCCCUUCUAAGGAUUCACCAUUUUUGUUAAAUAUGGUGGUGAUUAUUGUUUUUGUGCAGCAGGUAUCGGGUCCCCUGUAGCCAUCAUUUGUGACACCCUGGCUGUGACCCACAGGCAUGAAUGACCAGGGACAGACUAGGUGGCUGUAAUUUAGAAAUACUUUUAUUCAAUCAAGAGAGGGAUGAAUGGGUUUUUGGAAUUGUGUAUUCAUGGGACCACUGCAUUUUCAGACAGUAAAAGCUAAGGACCUCUUCUUCAUUUUGAAAUCCUGGCAAAACCCUUUAUUGCCGCUCACAGCUCCACCCCAGUUCAUAUUCAAAAGUAUCUGAACUGUUCAGUCUUUUAUAAUCCUUUGGUUGCCAAUGUUUAUCUGUACGUAAGCUCAUUAGCAAAAUACAGUCAUCUUUUUUAUCCAACCAGACAGGCACCCGUACUUAGGGCCUCCUUCCUGUAUUAUGGUGUUUUUUUUUAAUUAAAAAAAAAGUGUACGCCUAAAAAUGUAUAGUGUGGAUGUGAUAAACAGGUGUUUGAAAAUAUGUGUUUCAGACGAAGUACACUUGUUAGAAGACGGUGGGUGAGCUGCAGCCUAGAUGUAGCUUGAGGGCCAUUUGAGUGUACACUUGGGGCCAACCACUAUUUUGUUGCUGCGUAAUGUGUGAAAUGACCUUCUUGCAGGUCAGGCUUGAUGUUCUGUAAGAUACAAAAACAAAAAAACCAACAACAAAAAACCUUAUUCAGUGUACAGUCUCUCUCUCAGACCUCUGUGUAAAUACCACCCACUGCUCAUAUCUUCCUCUUGAAAUUUCCUCACCGGCAUGGUCGCUUGAUAGGAGCACUCACAUGGUGGCAUCCUGUUCUUCAGAUGCAUCCUUGAGCCCCCACCCCAUGUAGUGGUUCCCUCCAACCUUGAAAAGACUGUAGAACAUUGUUUUGUUUUGUUUUUUUGCUCUGGAAAUUAACAAAUCUGAAAGGGCUGCUAAUUAAUCCAGAUAAAUUUGAAUUUAUCUUAGCCUUUGGAAAGAUAACUCUUCUGUUCCAGUAGUUUGCUUUAAAAGGGCAAGAGGAGCUGAUAGUAAGAGAAUUGCAGGCCCACGAGCAGGAUCCAGGAAGUGGAAUUUCAAAGGCUUCUUCCUCCUGGCUGUGCUGCAGACUUUGAAGAAGCGCUGACUGAGGGGUUGGGAAGAUGAGGUCAUUUUGCCCAACAUCAGAAAAAGACCAAACUUCCGUUUCUUUCAUGGGGAAUCAUUUUUAAAGAGCUAUUUUUUUUCCUUUUGUCUGAUGGGUUCUGUUCUGUACAGCAGUUGUUGUGAUUGUACUUAAAUGUGAGUGAGCACUUGGUCACAAGCAAGGCAAAGAUUAUUGUUCCUUUCCUCUUCCCUGCUCCACCCCACAGCAAUUUAUAAUUUGGUGGUUAAACUCAUUCUCUUUUACCUUUCCGUUCCUUACAUGACUUGUCCAUGAGACAUGGGUCUCUGAAGAUGAUGACCACAUUUAAGUGAACAUUUCACGGCAAUAAAAUCUAUGUUGAUUUA